AUGCGCUUUGAAACAUCUAGUAGUCCAACUUUCUAUGGAAUCGUAAAGAAGAAGAGUGUUGAGGAGUUCAAGCCUGAUCCGUACAUAGCAACGGUGCUGAACUGUGCAUUCUGGGCAUUCUAUGGAAUGCCUUUUGUGCAUCCAAACAGCGUUUUAGUUCUACCCAUCAACAGUGUUGGACUUAGGAAGGUAUUAAUUUUUCUUCUCAUCGAGGCUCUCAUAACAAUGCUGGCAUUGCAUGGCACAAAAAAAACCUUAGUGGUUGGUAUUCUCGCUGAUGUCUUCUUCAAUGUUAUGAUGUAUGUCUCUCCUCUCACAGUUAUGGUCCUGUAA